CAACAGCGUACAAAUAUCGUCAGGAAGUUGCGUUAAACGAAAAGACAUACAGUUUCUUAUUGUUAUAUUUAUUAAGAAUACAACUGGCCUGGUAAUAUUUACGUGAAUUAACUAGUUUUGAAGAAAAUCCUAUUAGUUUUUCCAUUAUGGUCAAUUGGAAGUUAAGGAAUUGCGGCCCACUGACAGCCAUAUUGGACUCUCCAGCUCCGGCAAUGGAAACGAUAGUUUCCGGGUACAUUCUACUUCUUUUGAGUACAUGAGGAUGCAGCCCCUAUCCCGACGGUAGGGAUGACCUCCCACAUGGUCUGAUGUUACGUAUCUGGUUUGGUGAGAACCUUGGCUACUAUGUUGCCGGAGCAGAUCAGUGAUUGGGCACGCAGAAUUGGCACCGGAGCAUCGCUAUCAUCUUGAGCGGAAAAUUAGUCCGUAAUUUCGCAACUUGCGCGAAAGGUUGUUCGGAAGGUCGCAGGCAAGGCAGCGCGUGUAUUUGACAUGUCUGAACCAUGGGUUUAUCCUACAGUUUUGUUGUGCGUCUAUGGGUUUUUCUCGAGUAUGAAACCUUCAGAACCUUUUCUUACCGCGUUUUUGAUGGGACCUGACAAGAACCUAACUGAAACAGAGGUUGUCAAUGAAAUUUACCCAGUAUGGACCUAUUCCUAUUUGGCGCUUCUGUUUCCCGUCUUCCUUGCCACGGACUACCUUCGCUACAAGCCCGUGAUAAUCCUGCAGGGGGCCAGCUUCGUGGUGACUUACGCAAUGCUGGUGAAAGCCCAGGGAGUGCUGGCGAUGCAGUUCCUGGAGUUCUUCUACGGGGUCGCCACGGCGACAGAGAUCGCCUACUUCUCCUACAUCUACAGCGUGGUGGACCCGGAGCAGUACCAGAAGGUGACCGGCUACUGCCGUAGCAUCACGCUGGUGGGCUCCGCUGUGGGCUCCCUGGUCGGCCAGCUCCUGGUGUCAGUGGCCGAGGUCCCUCUGCUCUACUUGAGCGUCAUCACUCUGGCGUCGGCGGUCGUGGGGUUUGCAGCCCCAUGGUUCCUGCCUGUGGCCAGCAAGAGCCUGUUCUUCCACCAGAAUGCCCAGGACUCGGAUGAAGAGGGCGUGGAGGAGCCUAUGAACAACACCGCGGUAAUACUGAUGGCGGAGGAGAAUCACUAUAAUGCGGAAAAGGAGGACCUGGACAGUAAUGUUCCACUCAAUGCAAAUGGGCAUGGUGGGGCAGGCAAGGUGAUGAGGCAAGCCAAGGACAGGAAGGUGGGCUUGGUGGAUGUGCUGAAGACUCUGUGGAGUGACUUCCUGCAAUGCUACUCCUCCUGCACGCUUCUGGCCUGGUCAGUGUGGUGGGCACUCUCCACCUGCGGCUACUACCAGGUGGUCAACUAUGCCCAGGCCCUGUGGGAGAAGGUCCUUCCCUCCCAGGAGUUUGAGAUCUACAAUGGCUACGUGGAGACUGUCUCAACACUACUGGGUGCGGUGGCUGCGUUUGGGGUGGGCUUUGUGAAGAUCUCCUGGGCAGCCUGGGGCGAGCUGGCCCUCUGCGUCUUCACCGUGGUCAUUGCGGUGGCAGUGUACCUCAUGGACAUAGUGCGGGACAUAUGGGUGUGCUAUGCCUCCUACGUUGUCUUUAGGGGCACUUACAUGCUGCUCAUUACCAUAGCAACGUACCAGAUAGCUGCUAACCUCAGCAUGAGGCGCUACGCCCUUGUGUUUGGAGUGAACACGUUUAUAGCCUUGUUACUGCAGACUCUGCUCACUUUGAUUGUGGUGGACACCGUUGGGUUGGGCCUUGAUAUUUUCCCACAGUUUCUGAUCUAUGCCAGCUACUUCGCCGUGAUUGCUGUCAUCUUCCUGGUAGCUGGAGUGUAUAAGGUAGUGGUGAGGUGCAGGGGUGAGCGUGCUGGGCAAAUGGAAAGCAAGGAGACCGAGCUGGCUUCGCUAGGGGGCGACUCAUCACCCUACACCCCAGAGGUGGGGGAGACCACAGGAGACCCACUCUCUUCUCAUUACCAAGAGAACUGAGGAACAGUGUUGGAGUUUGGUGAUGAGAAGACAAACUCUUCAUGUGUCUUCGGCUGCUGAUGUGUCAAGCACUUACGUUUUCCAAAUAUGCCUGAUGCUGCUGGAUGAGAGAUCUACUUGAACAAAAUGUUACCAGUUUGCUCUGGGUAGAUAUAGGAAGCCUGUAUUCAGGUUUGUCAACGAAAGGGUCAUUUUUGGUCAUACAUGAAGCCUUUACUUAUUGUAUUUAUUUGCAUAUGAGGACAAUCAACCAUCACUUGGCAUAUGUUCUCUGUAAGUUGUUGCCUUAAGAUGAUACUUGGGCUUGUUGUACAUUACAGAUUGGAGUCAGUAUCCAACAUGUCUAUUCUGAUGAGCACUUAGUUAAAAUAUUCCAAAUGAAGCAAUUCAUUAGCUUGUUUGACACAAGUCAGUAUUUUCAUCUUAAGAUAUAUUUUCUACUGUGAAUAAUAAUGGGCUUGUUGCUUUGUAUCUCCACAUAUAAAAAGUUCACCCUAUGAUUGGAUGACAAGCCUAUUGGUAUGGUUUUGUCUGUCAUAGACAAGCAUGCAUUAUGUUUGAAGAAAAAAACAACUUGCCUAAUGCAAUGUAUGUGGAGCUGUGGAAUGAUAAAUAGGAAACCAAAUUAACCAAAUGCUUGAACCUUGGGCUCAAAAUCCAUUAAGAAUGGUUUUUCCCUGUGAUCUGCGUUUUUAAUUUUUUUAUAUACAGCACCAGUCAAAAGUUUGGACACACCUAC